AUGCAUCUCACUCACGGCCUCACCCUCGCGGCCGUCGCGACAUCCACCCUCGCAUUCCAGAUCCCCAACUCCAAGCAACCCUCCACCAAGCACACACCCAGCAGCGACGCCCAACCCACCCACCACCCAACCGUCCGCGACAUCUUCCAAUUCCCAAACAACGGCUCCUUCGUCGACAACGUCGUCGUCCGGUCAGACGGCACCCUCCUCCUCACCCGCAUCGACGUCCCAGAAGUCUGGUCCGUGGACCCCAAAUCCGGCUCCGGGACCCUGGCCUACUCCUUCGCCAACCAAAGCAGUGAUAUCACUGCCGUCUUCGGCAUCACCGAAGUCGAACAUGACGUCUUCGCCGUCGUAGCGGGCAAAUUCACGCUCCAGGGCUUCGCCGCCCAGCAGGGCUCCUUCGGGGUCUGGAGACUCGACUUCAACGAUGACGGCAACUAUGAUGUGCUCGAGGUGCCGGCUUGGUGGGAGGGUGAGUCAAGCCUCAGCAAGGACACGCCCAGCUCGGUCAGCAAGAUAGUCGACAUUCCCGAGGCCAAGGCGCUGGGUGCUAGUACGCUGUACAGGCCCCGCGAUGAGACGCGGUACCUGCUUAUUUCGGAUAGUCCAGACGGGAAGAUCUGGCGGGUGGACUUGGAUUCGGGCGACUAUGCGGUUGCGCUGCAGGAUGAGUCGAUGUUGCCUGCGCCGAACGCGCCGCCAAUGGGGGUCAAUGGGAUCCAUGUGGUCGGGGAGUAUCUGCACUAUGUGAGCGUGACGAAGAAGGAGUAUCGGAGGGUGAAGAUCGACCAGAUGGCGAAUGCGGCCGGGCCGUUCGAGUUGAUUACUACGGCGAUCAACCCGGACAGUUUUGAUAUUAUGGACGAUGGGACGGCGUACUUUGCGACGAAUCCGGAGAAUACGAUUGUCAAGUAUACGCCUGAGGGGAAGAUUGUGAACUAUGCUGGAAGCAAGAAUUCGACUGUGCUGCCUGGACCAACAUGCUGUGCGUUGGAUAGACAGGGACAGACGUUGUAUGUUGGCACGAACGGGGGCUUGAUGGCUCCGGUUGGCGGAACGUACAAGGAGCCUGGAAAGAUUGCCGCUAUUUCGCUUUGA